GUUUAGUUAUACUAUAUAAUCCCACUUUGUUAAAUUUUUGACAUAAGUGUCAUUAUGAAAAUAUUAUUAAAUUGAUGAUGGUACAUUUUGGGGUAUAAAACAAAAUUCUUGGUGGCUUAUACGGUCUUUAAUAUGUUAUAGAAGGGGAUCAAAUUGUAUGUAGUGUUUGUCUGUUUUUGUUUGGUGUUUUGUUGAAUAGAAAUGGGUAAAAAACAAUCGGAUAAAAUACCGCGUUGGUAUUUUGGAGGCAUAGCCUCAAUUUUUGCUGGGUGUUGCGUCCAUCCCUUGGACCUUAUCAAGGUACAUCUCCAAACUCACCCGGAUGGAAAAACUACGAUUCCUGAAGUGGCCAAAAAAGUAUUAAGAGAACACGGAAUUUUCGCCUUUUACAGUGGAAUAUCCGCCGCCGUAAUGAGACAGUUCACAUAUUCCACGACAAGAUUCGGCAUAUACGAAGUAUUAAAACAAAAAAUACAAAGCGAAACUUUUACCAGCAAAGUGGCAAUAGGCACCGUAUCGGGUGUAGCAGGCGGCAUAGUGGGCGCCCCAUCCGAUCUCGUCAACGUACGGAUGCAAAACGAUCUAAAACUUCCGAAAGAACAAAGACGAAACUACAAAAAUGCCUUCGAUGGUCUCUGGCGGGUCUACAAGGAAGAAGGCGUAAAACAAAUGUUUUCUGGAGCAGGGGCGGCCUCAUCCAGAUCCGUACUAAUGACAGUGGGGCAGUUAUCAUUUUACGACCAAAUUAAAAUGUUGCUCUUAAAAACUGCAUAUUUUGAUGAUAAUGUUAUCACGCAUUUUACGUCAAGCUUUAUUGGAGCAAUUUUAUGCGUUUUAAUCUCUCAACCAGCAGAUACUACGAAAACUUUGGCUAUGGAAGCGAGGCCAGGCGAACUGAUAAGUGUCAAAGAUAAGUUGUUGUACGCCAAAAAACAGGGGUUUUACAGAGGUACCUUGAUUUCGUCCAUUAGAUUUAUACCACUGAAUAUUUUAACGUUUGUUUUCUUUGAACAACUUGUUAAGUAUUAUGGCAAACCAAGGCCUGGUCCAUUUCUAAAUCAAUAA